AACUUACUACGUAAAUAAUAGUAUAGAUUACGAAUAUGAAAAAUAUAAAUAGACUAUACUAUAGCCAAAAUUUCUUAUAAGAUCUUUUGCUAUUUUAAUAUUUUACAUAGUUUAUAUUUUUGAAAAUUAAAUUUCGCCUUUUUUGUGUUAAAGUAAUAAUGAAUUUUUCGAAUAAAAGGGAGGAACCCGGUUCUUCCGGGGAUUCCAACAACUAAUAUUUAGUUAGAUAUUUUUUUAAUUUAUCUGUAAUUUUUAUAUGGGUUUCUGAGUUAUUUGAGAAAGAUUCACUUAAUUAAAUACAAAUAUUCUUCUAAUUUUAUAUAUUUAAAUGAGAGAUCUUAAUUGAUAAAGGUAAUCUAAUAAAGGUCUGAAUAUAAUUUUUGACGAUAAAAUCGCAAGUUUUUAAUAUUAUAACUAAAUCAUACUUUUAAUUUUAAAUAUAUCAUAGAAACUGAUAGUUCUACUGUUUUAGCUUUUACUAGAUUGCCUGGUAUAUUCUAUCUAAAAAUAAUUUAUUUCUUGUACAACUGUUGUGUAGUAAAUAAAUUGGUUUCCACCAACCGUUUGGAAACCAACUAUACAUACAAAAACAUAUAGUAUUAUAUUUUUAUAUGUGAUUAUUUGGAUAGAGGUAGAAAACUAAGACCAUGUAGGUUUGACAUACAUACUCGAAUAUUAUAGAAAUAUUACAAAAUUUAUACUAAUAAUAUUAGAUUUAGAUGUAAUAUUAAAAGUUUAAAACAUAUUAAAAAUAGCAUAAUUCUUAUAUAUAUAACGUGUUAUUAUCUGAAAGUAAUAUUGUAACAACAUGAUAAUUCUUAUAUAUAUAUAUAUAUUAUUUUUUCUAUAUAAUUUAUUCUUGCUUCUGAAAAUAUUUUUAUCUUAUAAAAUUUAAAAAUUAAGAUAUAAAAUAAUUCAAUAUUAAAUAUUAAUCAAGCAAAAAAAAAUUUGUAUUAACAUAUUUUCUAAAAUAUUUCUAAUACAUGAGUGUUUUUAAAAUUUCAACACGAUAAUGACUCUAUAUAUUGUAAUAAAAAUAUUUUUAAAUAUAAAUAAUUUGAUAUUUGAUUUAAAAUUUUUGAAAACAUAAAUAAUAAUUUAAUAUACUUGUUUUUGAAUUAUUAAGGCAUACACUAAUAAGUAUUCAUAAAAAAUGAUGUCACGUGUGCAGUCAAAACUUUUAGUAUAUAUACAUAAUAACAUAUAUGAUUCGGUAAACUACUCAAAUUACCUUAUCGAACUAUUCAUGUAUCCUACAUAAAAUAUAUUUUGUUAUAAAAAUCAUAUACAUUAUAAAAUAUAUGUAGUAGUUGAAGGAUUUUUUUUAGAUUUUGAAGAUAAUGAUUCAAGUUAUUCUACGAUUGACCAUUAUAAACUCUUUGAUGAAAAAAAAUACUUCAUGAUUUGGUACUGGAAACUAUAUAAUACACGCAGUGUUAGACGUCUGAUACAAAUAGUAAAAUUACCGAAUAGAAAUGAUGGAUUCUACAAAAUACAAUGCCAUAUUCAUCCUAAAUAUAUAUAUUAGAAUAAAUCGUUUAUCACUGUCUUAUUCUCUCUACAGCUUCGAGGCUUGACUCAUAUACUAUAAUAAAGAAAUUAAAACCAUAUGUCUAGCCUAUAAGUGGUGUGUUGUCUAGCCGAUUCAUUUCACCACCAUAUCAGACUCAAUAUUUCUUUUGCCCUCCUUCUCUAAUCUUACCAAAAUCGAUUCAGAGAGGAGACAUGUCUUGUAAUAAUGGCUUAGCUUUCUUCCCUGCAAAUUUCAGUCUCCAAAACCAUCACCAAGAAGAAGAAGAUCAUCCCCAGUAUCUUCUUUCUUCUUGCACUCCACCUCAAGACUUCCAUGGGUUUCUUGGUAAGAGAUCUCCAAUGCAGAACGUAGAAGGGUUUUGUAACUUGGAGAUGAACGGAGAGGAAGAUUUUUCAGACGAUGGAUCUAAGAUGGGAGAGAAGAAGAGGAGAUUGAACAUGGAGCAACUCAAGACGCUAGAGAAGAACUUCGAGCUUGGUAAUAAACUCGACUCAGAUCGAAAACUAGAGCUGGCUCGUGCCUUGGGGUUACAACCAAGACAAAUCGCGAUUUGGUUCCAAAACAGAAGGGCGCGAUCCAAAACAAAGCAGCUCGAGAGAGACUACGAUGCCCUCAAGCGUCAGUUCGAGAGUCUCAAAGACGAGAAUGAUCUCCUUCAAACUCAAAAUCAGAAGCUUCAGGCUCAGGUAAUAGCAUUAAAAAGCAAAGAACCAAUAGAAUCAAUCAAUCUGAACAAAGAAGAAGGUUCAUGUAGUAACAGAAGUGAGAACAUCUCCGGUGACAUCAGACCGGGCCAUCCACCGCCUUCACCGACAGCUACAACGAUGCAGUUUUUUCACAACUCGUCGCCAGAGCAGAGAAUGGUGAAAGAAGAGAACAGUAUCAGCAACAUGUUCUGCGGAAUGGAUGACCAAACUGGAUUUUGGCCAUGGCUUGACCAGCAACAUUACAAUUGAAUGUGGUCGACUUUAUUUUGGUUACCUAAUUUCAAAUUUUACGUUUAUUAAAGUGGUCAGAGGAACCCAUUCAUGUUUCAAGAAUCUAUAUGCACCAAACAAGCAAAGUGUCACACUACUUGUUUGGUAAUAAGAUGUAAAAAAUGGGGCAAUAUUCAUAUAUUCUAUAGUAAUUGAUUAAUCA